AUGAGCAGUGAAUUAGAAAAAACACAUUGCUUUAAAGUAGAAAAUAAAUUUAUUGUAAAAAGUGGUUGCAAAAAACGAAUGUGGAGAUCGUUAAAGCAAAUAUUAACCACCGAACGAACACUGCCUUGGCCCGAAGAAGCUGUUUUGUACUAUUCAAUUAAUGCUCCACCAACUUUUAAACCCACAAAGAAAUAUUCUGAUAUAUCUGGUCUCCCAGCACCAUAUAUAGACAGACAUUCCAAACUUUUCUACAGCAAUGCCGAAGAGUUUGCUACAGUCAGGAGUUUACCCAUGGAUAUAACAGCUGGAUACCUUCAACUAAGGGGAGCAAGUACAAUAGUUGGUUAA